AUGUCACAACUUUCUGUCUACCGCUUAAGAUGUGCAUCUCAAAAUUAUGCUUGGGGAAAACUAGGAGCUGACAGCAAAGUAGCUCAAUAUAUUAAAAUUUUAGAUGGCUUUACUAUCGAACCUAAUAAGCCUUAUGCUGAGCUUUGGAUGGGUACACACCCUAGUGGUCCUAGUUCUUUGAUAGCUCAGCCAACGACUUCCCUCAAAGAUGUAAUAAAAUCUAAUCCCGAACUUAUAACUCCAGAAUUGGCCAAAAUUUACGAUGGUGAUUUACCAUUCUUGUUUAAAGUCUUAUCUGUAGGCAAAGCACUUUCGAUCCAAGCUCAUCCUAACAAGAAGCUCGGUAAAGAACUAUUCGAAAAGUACCCAAAUAUAUACAAAGACCCUAAUCACAAACCCGAAAUGACUGUGGCAAUUACAGAGUUUGAAGCGUUAUGUGGUUUUCGACCAUUAGAAGAAAUAAUAGUUUUUCUUUCUGAAUAUCCAGAAUUUCGUGAACUCGUUGGAAGUAAUGUCGUAUCAAGUUUUAUUCAGACUGUUAGUGGCCGAGAGCGUUCAAAAAUUGUAGAGAAAAUCGAGUCAAACAAGGUUGCUCUUCGGCAAUUAUUCACUUCUUUGAUGACAGCGGAUCCAAAUAAUGUGGUAACUUGUGUGAAAAAAUUAAUUUCUCGGUUGCAUCACGAUAACCCUAAAGGAAGCAUACAAGAACUUUUAGUUAGGUUGAACGAGCAAUUUCCGGGAGAUGUAGGAAUAUUCUGUGUAUUGAUGUUAAACUAUGUAAAAUUAGAACCAGGUCAGGCUAUAUUUUUAGGAGCCAAUGAACCUCAUGCUUAUUUAUAUGGAGAUUGUGUUGAAUGUAUGGCAACAAGUGAUAAUGUGGUUCGUGCCGGAUUGACACCUAAAUUUAAAGAUGUUCCCAUACUUGUAAACAUGCUAAAUUAUCGAUAUGGAAACGCUAAAUCUCAAAUUCUUAAUCCAAUUCAAUAUAACGAUUCACCUACAUCUUUGUUAUAUGAUCCGCCUAUUGAAGAGUUCACUGUAAUAUUAACAAAUUUGGAUUCACAAUUUCGAAAGGAGGCUUUCGAAAGUAUUGCUGGCCCUAGUAUUAUUAUUAUUACCGAAGGGAAAGGUUUUUUGCAAUAUGAAAACAAUUCUGAAGUUUUAGAGCCUGGUAGUAUUUUUUUUAUUGGUGCAAAUGUAUCAAUUACUUUAGAAUUGACAACUGACUGUGACCAGCUUAUUUCUUAUCGCGCAUUCUGUGCCUUAAAAUAG